UUUGGAUGAGAACACAGCUGGUUUGCACUAUGAGGAGCAUGUACACCCCAGUGACAGUGUGUGUCAGAGCACAGGGCACCUGUGGCUCCACAAAUCUGCUUUGUGGUGUCAUGCUGCAAAGAGCUUUUUGUAUGACUGCAGCAGAGACAGUGGCAAAGUCAGAGAGGAGUAAAGGAGUUAGAAAAAGGGGUGUGGAUGGACGAGUACGGCGCUUUGAGGAGAUCCCUCACACGGGCAGGAGUGGUUGGAUCAACCUGUUGAAGUUCUGGAGAGAAGGCCGUUUUGGGCAAAUUCACAAACAUAUGGAGCGCACCUUCAGCGCCCUUGGCCCCAUCUACAGGGAGCACGUGGCCACGCAAAGCAGUGUGAACAUCUUUCUUCCAUCCGACAUCGGUGAGCUGUUUCGCUCUGAGGGCCUGUACCCUGAACGGAUGACCGUGCAGCCUUGGGUGACGCACAGGGAGAUACGCCAUCACAGCAAGGGAGUCUUCCUCAAGAAUGGUGAGGAGUGGCGAGCUGACCGUCUACUGCUCAACAAAGAGGUGAUGAUGAAUGUGGCCGUGCAGCGCUUUCUCCCUCACCUUGAUGAGGUGGCGAGGGACUUCUGUCGAAUGCUGCAGGCGAGAGUGGAGAAGGAGGGAAGAGUCGUGGAAGGGAAACAAAGUCUGACCAUUGAACCCAGUUCUGACCUCUUUCGCUUUGGGCUGGAAGCCAUUUGCCAUGUGCUCUAUGGGGAGCGCAUGGGCCUCUUCUCCUCAUCUCCCUCCAUGGAGUCUCAGAAGUUCAUCUGGGCUUUGAAGCAGAUGCUGGCAACCACCAAUCCUCUUCUUUACCUGCCCCAUCGCCUGCUGCUCCGCGUCGGUGCUCCGCUGUGGGUCCAGCACGCCAGUGCAUGGGACUACAUCUUCUCUCAUGCGGAUGUGAGGAUCCAGAGGGGAUACCAGCGCCAGUCAUCCUCCCGGGGUCGAAGGUCUGAGGCUGGAGCAGCUGGAGACCGCCACACUGGGGUUCUGGGCCAACUCCUAGAGAAAGGACAACUAUCUAUGGACCUGAUCAAAGCCAACAUGACUGAGCUGAUGGUUGGAGGGGUCGACACGACAGCUGUGCCCCUGCAGUUUGCUCUGUUUGAGCUGGCCCGCAACCCAGAGGUGCAGGAGAAGGUGAGGCAGCAGGUGAUCGAGUCUUGGGCGCAGGCGGCUGGUGACCUUCAGAAAGCUCUGCAGGGGGUGCCACUGCUAAAAGGCACUGUCAAAGAGACCCUUAGGUACAUAAAACUCAAGAAUCCUUCCAGUGGCUCACAAAUGGGCACACCAGGCAUUAUGCAAGUUUUUUUUUUUUUGUUGGCCACCUGCAUACACCCACACACACAUAUCUCUUCAUUGUUUAUGCACCCUGUUGCCUCCAAGUUCAUAUCAAGUACACAUCACAGAGCACACUAUGGCUGGCCCCAAUCCCAGAAACUAACAAUGGUCCAGGUCUGUCUUUACCCCCUGGGAAGGAGUGCAGAGGUGUUUGACGAUCCAGAGCGCUUUGACCCUGAGCGGUGGUGCAGCAUUAGAGAAGGUGGCCAGAGACCGGAGUUGGGGUUUCGCUUCAUGGCUUUCGGUUUAGGGGCAAGGCAAUGUGUCGGACGGAGGAUUGCUGAGAAUCAGAUGCAGCUCUUACUCAUGCGUGUCCUGCUGAGCUUCCAUCUCAGCGUGCAGUCCUCAGAGGACGUCAAGACCACAUUCGCCUUCCUCCUCCAGCCUGAGACUCCGCCGAGGAUCACGUUCAGCCGGAUCUGA